UGAGGGGGUGCGAGCUGAAGCCUGGCCUGCCCAUCCUCUUUCCGUCAUCCCCAGCCAGACUUAGCCGCUGACAGCUGCUUGGGAUUCUGCCGCCAGUCCCUGGCCAGACCUUCACCCUCUCCUCUCUUUCAGUGACUCCUGAGCCACAGCCCCACCAUGGCCCAGAAAGAAGAGGCUGCUGCUGCUGCUGCUGCUGAGCUGGCCUCCCAGAAUGGGGAGGAUCUGGAGAACUUGGAAGACCCAGAGAAGUUGAAGGAGCUCAUUGAGCUGCCGCCCUUUGAGAUCGUCACUGGGGAGCGGCUGCCUGUCAACUUCUUUAAGUUUCAGUUCCGGAAUGUAGAAUACAGUUCUGGGAGGAACAAGACCUUCCUCUGCUAUGUAGUUGAAGCGCAGGACAAGGGAGGUCAAGUGCAGGCAUCCCGGGGAUACCUAGAAGAUGAGCAUGCCGGUGCCCACGCAGAGGAAGCCUUCUUCAACACUAUCCUGCCAGCCUUUGACCCGGCCUUGCGGUACAGUGUCACCUGGUAUGUGUCCUCCAGUCCCUGUGCAGCUUGUGCUGACCGAAUUAUCAAAACCCUUAGCAAGACCAAGAACCUGCGCCUGCUCAUUCUGGUGGGGCGCCUCUUCAUGUGGGAGGAACCAGAGAUCCAGGCAGCUCUGAAGAAGAUGAAGGAGGCUGGCUGCAAACUGCGCAUCAUGAAGCCCCAGGACUUCGAGUACAUCUGGCAGAACUUCGUGGAGCAAGAAGAGGGUGAAUCCAAGGCCUUUGAGCCCUGGGAGGACAUUCAGGAGAACUUCCUGUACUACGAGGAGAAGUUGGCAGACAUCCUGAAGUAGACAAUGGGGCCCAGCCUCAUGUCUCUGCCUGCUGCCACCAAGAGAAGCAGUGACAUGUAUGCCACUUGGGACAUGCCUAUCUUCCUAAUACUACUUGGAGCUGGACAACAUUCAACAUCAACCAAUCCUACUAGGCAAGGCCCUCAGAAGACUCAAAACACACUUCCCAUUGCUGUAAUUCAUUUAGGUUAUGUCUGUUUAACACUGCUCUUGGAAAGAGGAAACUGAUCUCCACAAGGAGAGAAAAGCAACCAUGAAUAGGCACCAAGCAUCUGGGGACUGAAAGUCUUAAUGACCUUCAGUUGCUUAAAGUAAAUGUCCUCAGAUCCAAGGUACAGAGCUUUGAAAUAUGUGCCAUAAAUGUAUUUUAUGUUAAGUUGGGCUGUUGUUGCUUUUUUUUUUAAAAAAAGAAAGAAAAACAGCAACAUUAAUAAAAAAAAUAGUGUGGCUUUUCUGUGGCCUGGUUUCUUAAGCAGCUUGGACAUCAGGAAGUGGAGAUGGUCAAGGCUAAGAAUCAAGCCCUGAUAUUACAGGAGGGAAGAUUAAAACAGGACUUGACUAGACAACAUAACAAUUAUCUCUCCCAUACAGACUUCCCGAGAUCAUCUUUUACCUUAAAAUAGUUUCUUUUGAAAGGUUGGGAUGUAGCUCAGUGGUGCAGCACUUGCCUAGAGUAUACAAGGCCCUGGGUUCAGUUCUCAGCAUUGAGAAAUAUUCAUGUGUAAUCUUCUGGAUUACACAUAAAUGAAGGCUUUUCCCAUUCUCUGAAGAUAUGACAGAAGACAGAACAGAAAGCACAGGAAAUGUUGUAAGGUAGCACAUUUCAAUUGCCAAGUAAUAAAC